CUCGGCGGAACUACGGUCGUCCUCACCUGACACCUGGUCGGCAGUGUUGUUCAGGCUCACGACCUGUCACCCUCCCUCCUUUCAACAAUUAGGCCUCACGGCCCAGCUCUUCCCUUCAUUCGCACUCUUCCUUAGACAAGCUGUCGAUAGCCCCCUCUCCCAGGCCCUGCCUUCAGACAUGGCCGUCUCAGACCCAAGCCGGAGUCUUCAGAGAAACACAUUUGUGUUAUGCUUCGAUGGCACAGGAAAUAAGUUCAGCGGCACCGAUGCCGAUAGCAACAUCCUGAAGCUGUACAGGAUGCUUGACAGAACGGAUGCCACCAUGUACACCUUCUACCAACCGGGGAUUGGCACCUACGUAGCAUCUCAUUCGAUGCAAACCACAUCCAUGAUCGGGCGUAUCCGUUCUGCGUACCUCAAGGCCAAGGACUCGGCCAUCGGUUCGUCCUUCGCAGAACAUGUCAUGGGCGGCUAUCAGUUCCUGAUGAGGUACUAUAACUCCGAAGAUGACUUGUACUUCUUUGGUUUCAGCCGAGGGGCGUACACAGCCCGUUUUCUCGCCGAGAUGCUGGAUCAUAUCGGUUUGCUUUGUGCCGGUAACGAAGAACUGAUCAAGUUUGCCUGGAAGACAUAUGCCAAGUGGGCCUGUAGGAAGAGCGACAGUACCGAGAAGGCAAAAAGAAAAGAGAAAGAGCUGUACGAAUUCAUGCGAGGAUUUCGACAGACAUUCAGCAGACCGGUCCGCCGGAUUCGAUUCCUCGGGUUAUUUGACACGGUGAACUCUGUGCCACGCUUCGAGUCGGCUUGGAUGGCCCGCACCAAAUUCCCGUACACAGCACGGCCUUCAGCCAAAGUGAUCCGGCACGCGGUCUCAAUCGACGAAAGGCGAGCCAAGUUCCGUCAGGAUCUGAUCAGUGCGUCUCACCAACAUCAGGAUGAAAGCAGUCUACCUCAGAAAAUUCACCGGUACGGCUCGGAUUCCAACUGGACGACUCAGGAGAGUGCCCAGGAGAAGGACGGCAAUUCUGGGCGUGGUAAUAUGCCUACGACCGGCACAGAUUCCACAGCGGCUGUAAAUCCACGGACAAACAUUGAAGUUGCAUCCUCGCCAGAGCGGUCUAGCGCCGAUCAGAAUCAUCACGACCCAGGCUAUCUCUCGGUACCGUCGGCUCGGGGCCGGCCAAACAUAUCUUCGGAGAGUCUUGCCCAUUCUGUCCAUACACCUAACAGCGAGGACAUUGGAUCAACGACAGGAACAUCCGACCAACCGCAGCAAGGCAAAGGCCGUCCACGACUGCGCCGCCGCUGGUCAGAAGAGAAGCAUGACCAAGACAUCCAAGAAGUUUGGUUUGCAGGCGGGCAUGGAGAUGUCGGGGGUGGCUGGAAGAAGAUCCACGAACACGAGAAGAUGCUUAGCCAUGUCCCGCUGAUGUGGAUGGUGCAUGAAGCGGAACGGGCGGGUUUGAAGUUCGAUCUCAGCAAAAUCGCCGAUCGAUCUUAUAUCCCUGGAGAACUCGACCAAUUCGGCGCACGGAUUGAAGAUUAUAGCUCAAGUGAGCAGUUUUUGCGCCAUCUCGAAGGCUGCUAUUCGCACGGUUCCAUUCAUGACUGUCUUGAGAUAGGCCACGGCUUGACGUGGGCUAACGUCAUCUUCUGGAAAAUGAUGGAAUAUCUGCCUUUCCGGAGGAUGGAUUUGCACGAGGGAAGAUGGAGAGCGAUUCGAUGGCCGUUGCCUAUGGGGGAGACCCGUGAUAUCCCCCCUGACGCGCAGAUCCACAAUACGGUCAUCAAGCGUAUGGAAGCUCGACCAGACUACCGGCCCGGCAAUCUCAUCGUAGGAGGCGGUGGGCGAGGUGUCCGCCGGGCGCCUGAGAAAUAUAAAUUAGGAGAGUGGUCUCCGCAUGCUUGCGAGGGCGACAGCGUCAGGGGAACCUUCGUGCGCAAAGACUGGCAAGACAAGACUUCGAAGAAAUACUCGUCGACCGGGCUGACUGAAAAGGUGUUGGAAUCUGGCGAAGAAAGGUCUGGUGCGACUGCAGGUGGUAAUAGGCCAUAAUUUGCCAUAUGAAGCUGAGGCCGUAUCGGGGGACAUGGCGAUAUUCGAGAUAUCACUGUGACAUGGGUCGGCCGAAUAAUGUAGCUGCACCCCAUUCUUUCAUUCAAAGGCGCUCUGCUUUGGCCUGUGAACGGCAGCAUAAAUGACAUUUUAAUGGCCCUGAG